CAGCGAGCACCGGGUCACCAGGCAUCGGGUCAUCUGGCUCGACAGUUAUCUGGCUCGACAGCGGGCACCGGGUCAUCUGGCAUUGGAUCGUCUGGCUCGACAGCGGGUAUCGGGUCACCAGGCAUCAGGUUAUCUGGCUCGACAGCUGGCAUCGGGUCACCAGGCAUCAAGUCAUCUGGCUCGACAGCUGGCAUCGGGUCAUCUGGCAUCAGGUCAUCUGGCUCGACAGCGGGCAUCGAGUCACCUGGCAUGAUAGGAUCAUCAAGCUGGAUCAGUUCAUCAGACUGGGUUGAGACAUCAGGC